CCGGAGAGAACUGAGACACUGGAGAGGCGAUAUGGCAGGAACCAGUCUCGGGGCCCGGUUCUACCGGCAGAUCAGAAGACAUCCGGCGCUCAUCCCGAUGAUCAGCUUCAUAGGCCUGGGCAUGGGCAGCGCUGCGCUCUACCUGCUGCGACUGGCCCUGCACAGCCCAGACGUCUGCUGGGACCGAAAGAACAACCCGGAGCCCUGGAACCGCUUGAAUCCCAAUGACCAAUACAAGUUCCUGGCAGUUUCCACUGACUAUAAGAAGCUGAAGAAGGACCGGCCAGACUUCUAACCCAGGCUGGGCUGCAAGUCCGAUGUAAACCACGGUCAACCAACCCACUCAUUUCUUCCACUUCCUGCCCCCAGACCCCAAGGCGACAGUCUGGCCACCCGGUCCAGCUUCUGCCUGCACAGGCCCGGUUCCCACGCAGAGGGGAGGCAGCCCCACCCCCACCCUUUCCCUUGCUCCCAGGAGCGGAAGCGCCUCUGACCCUCGGCUUGAGUUCCAUGUGGGGGAGGAGCAGUCAGGAGGGCAGGCAGCAGCAGGGGUCGACCCAAAGGCCUAAGCCAGCCCCUCUGCCCUCCUACCCGGGCCUCGCAGGGUGUGGCACAGGCUACGUGUUGAGCGUGGCCGACGUGAGCCAAGCAAGCAGGGCCUGAGUGCCAAGCGACGUGGCGGGCCCCACAUUAGCCCAGGCUCGGGCACAGGCCCAAGGAUGGCGCUACUCAGCUCGACUGUCGCUGCUACGCCCAGUCUGCCCAGGCACCUACAACUCCUGCUCCUCCCUUGCCCGAGCCUGCUCCCUCCGGAGCCUUUAGCACCCCCUCCGGCUUCACACCUGGGCCGCCCCCUGCCGCUCCCCAUCCCUCCCCUCUCUUGCUCCCCUCUGUCCCCUGGGAUCAAACAGAAGCAGCCGUGGGCAAAAUACAAUUUCAUUUAACAAAUUGAAUUUGCUGCGCCUGCUAAUCACGUCUGGUGUCGGCUCUGAUCCGACGGAGAAAGAAGACUGCAGCCCCAGGGGUCCUUGUGGUGAUGGUACUGGGAGGGAAGGGAGGUACAAGCUGUGGGAGAGAAUCACCACCUGGCCCAAGGGACCCCUCUCACGGUAACAGAACUUAGAGCAGGUUAGCAUUUUAUUAGAUAAAAACAGGAAGGAGGGUGCCUAUCCACUGUUUCUACUGGCUCAGAAGAGCAACCCUCCCCUCCCCAAGAAAGAACAGGCAUUUAUAACACUGAGUUAUGGCAGAGGAUUAGGGCAGAAAGCUCCUGCCCCCUCCAAUCCCCUCUAAGUCUUGUUAGCAAAAAAAAAAAAAUCUCACUACAAAUCCUGGGAAGGGGGACGACUAUACCUGGCUCU